UGUAGUGAUAACUAAUAAGUAUAGCCAGUGUGUUGGCUGGACCUGUGUUGACCCUAAUACGAUGGAGCUUGUCCUGCCUUUUAUAGUCCUCUGAAAGUAUCCGUUGCAUAUGUCUGAAUCUGAUCAUCAUAUCUCAACGGUUUCUGGCAGAUAUAUGUGAAACUCAUACAGAUUUUCAGGUUUUGAAGGUUUCUGUCAGAGAAUAGAACUCUGCUUGACAGAAGAAAGCUAUCAAAUUUGUUAGCAUACAGAGCAGGAGAAGCAAAUAUGGGGAUCAAACAGUCAAGGGCUCAGAGCUAUCACCAUAAUACCCCAUAUCAAUAUCCCCCUCCCCCUCCAUCAAUUCCUAGUUCUUCACCCUACCAUUCAUAUUCUGCAAGAUACGUUGACCCUGAGAGAAGUGGCCUGCAGGCAAGGUACUCAAGAAUUGGAGAUGAUUACAGCUCUGUAGAGCAGGUGACAGAAGCUCUGUACGAAGCUGGUUUGGAAUCUUCCAACCUUAUUGUGGGGAUUGAUUUUACCAAAAGCAAUGAGUGGACAGGUGCUCGUUCCUUCAAUCGAAAAAGCCUGCAUCAUGUGGGUGAUUCUUUGAACCCAUAUCAGCAGGCUAUAUCAAUUAUUGGAAGGACUCUUUCAGCUUUUGAUGAGGAUAAUCUCAUUCCUUGUUAUGGCUUUGGUGAUGCAACCACACAUGAUCAAGAGGUUUUCAGCUUUUUCCCAGAUGAUAGGCCUUGCAAUGGCUUUGAGGAAGUGCUUUCUCGUUACAAAGAACUAGUCCCACAAAUUCGAUUAGCCGGACCAACUUCUUUUGCUCCCAUAAUAGAAACUGCUAUUGAAAUUGUGGACACCAGUGGUGGUCAGUACCAUGUUCUUGUGAUUAUUGCUGAUGGGCAGGUGACAAGAAGUGUAGACACACACUAUGGCCAGUUAAGCCGUCAGGAACAAAAUACAAUUAACGCCAUUGUCAAAGCAAGCGAAUACCCCCUGUCAAUAGUUCUGGUUGGCGUUGGGGAUGGGCCAUGGGAUGUGAUGCAGCAGUUUGAUGACAACAUUCCUUCCAGGGCUUUUGACAAUUUCCAGUUUGUGAAUUUUACAGAUAUUACGAGGAGAAACACUUCUAUAUCCAAGAAAGAAGCUGAUUUUGCUCUGGCAGCAUUAAUGGAGAUACCAUCACAGUACAAAGCAACAUUAGACCUCCAUCUCUUGGGAUGUAGAAGAGGAACUCCUGGGAGGACUCCUCUUCCUCCUCCUGUUAAAAUCCACCCAAUAGUAAACUCCUAUACUCCAUACCAGGGUUCAAGCAACUUUGAACAGAGCAUUGCAUAUCGUUUUGCUCCUUCUCCUGCUCCCACAGACAAUUCUUCGCAUAACAGGAACUGUCCUGUAUGUUUCUUUAGUACAAAAGAUCUUGCAUUUGGAUGUGGGCAUCAGGCUUGUUAUGAAUGUGGAAAGGAGUUGGUGAAUUGCCCUAUUUGUCGUACUCACAUUACUACUAGAAUAAGACUCUAUGACUGAUGCAUCAAGCUGAGCAUCCAGAUUUGGGGACUUGACAGAAUGAAGAAUGUUUGGGAUGAUGGGGGUUCCUGCACUGCCCUUAAGCUAUUUCAGAACCUUUUAUUAUGCCUCUGUAAAUACUAGUAUUCCCAAAAUCUUCACAAACAAUGUGAUUCUGUAUGCCUUUGAUUCCUACUUUCAAAGUUUGAAUUGGGCACUUGGUGAUUGCUUGUAAUUUUUUUUUUUUUUUUGUUUGAAGGAGAUGGUUUGGCUCUUUUCUUAUGGUGACUUUAUUUUCCUUCCUUGAAGGAGUUCAUCUGCACUAUGAAUGGUUUAAACUCCAUGGAAAUGUGACAUAUUACGCUUUCUCAUCGAUGCAUUCUGGGGAACUAUGGGAUUUACAGUUUUGGGUUGGAUAGAAUCUAAGGAUCUUCAUUUGGGAAAAGUAACUCUUUACAUUUGUGAUGACCUACAGUCAGGCUUUAGCAUAGGUGAGAAGCAUACUGGUAAACCCUGUUAAGGAAAAAAGGAGGUUGUUGUCACCCUGCCAAACACAUUGCAAUUUUGCAACAAGUAAUGAUACAUGAUCAUUUUCAAGAAAUUCAGUCAUGUUUUCAUCGUAGUCCAAGAAGUGUAACAAUUUUUCCAUUCCAUCAGUAAUGCCUGUACAGAGAGACUCCCAUUCCAUGAAACUCCUCAUCAGGCAGAAAUCUAAAACAUCCCUCUACACAGACUGCAUUUGCUGACCUUCUUUCUUUGUUUGAAACUCUAAUCUAUCUAUCUUGUUAGUAUUUUAAUCAUUCGGGUUUGGGUUUAACGCUCUAAUCUUUGCGCAGGGAAAGCUUACCAAGGUCUUAACUAAACAGAAAUUUCCUUGUGGAUGAUUACAGUAGAUGAGCUCUCAUUUCUUUGGAGGUCAACUUUACCACUAAGCGGUAUGCGUUUGCGAUCAAGAUCAUUUGAAAAGAAAUCUACUUACACCAUUUUUUGUUAUUAAGGCCUUUCAUACCUCAACUCAUCCACUACAUCAUUUUCAAAGCACUUUACAACUAUUUUGGUUUGGACUGAAAACUAUGAAGAUAACUGGUUAAUGGGAUAAAGGGAAUCAACUAAAGUGGAUUCAAUGCAUGUAGUUCAAGUUGAACGCUACGGACAAACAUGUUUGGCUUACACGAAAAAGAAAACUGCCUCCUCUCUCUCAGUAGCUUCCAACUUGUUGCUUCCACCAUCUUUCACAGGUUAAUAUCCAAUAAGGUGCUUUGAAUGGCUGUAGAAGUAAUGGAAAAGACAACUUCAUAAAGCUAAGAUAGUGUGAAACUUAGAAAAACUGAGCGAAAAUUGGGUCUUCUGGUCAAAAAAUGCGGACAUUGGAGACGCUCAUGGUAGUUGAAGAUAGACAUCAAAUGAGUGGACGACCAAGAAAUUGCAAGACCCAUCACUCUUUGAUUGAAUAUUGUUGAAGGAGAUGAUAAGGCACAUACUGGUAUAUAUAGGAUACAAGAGAGCACAUAGCUUGACAUUCUUCAUUUUGAGACUCAGGAAACAGUUAUGAGGAAAGAAAUCUUGGUGACUGCUCUGGCAUGGCUCCUAGUGGUGGCAUUCGUUGUCACCUAUGCAACUGCAACUGAUCAUUUCCAGGCUGUUGAGGAUAUGGUUCAUCCCCAAGCUGGAUGUCGAUGCUGCUGGUUCAUUUGGAAGCCUCGCAUCAGUUGUGGGAAAGCCUGCUGUGGGGAUGGAUGUUGCAGUCUGAAGUGAUGCAUCAGGAACUCCAACAAUAACUAUGAUAAUAGGAAGCUGCAAUGUCUUCCCCAGAAGCAAAAUAAACCGAGUUAUAUCCUAAAAAUGACCUGGAAAUAAGGAGCUUCUGUAUGAAUUUUUCCUAAACGGGAUGUCUUUUGAUAUUCAGAUUACAUAAACUCUAGCAUAUACAUCAGUUUACUGCUUGUCAAC